GGCGCGGAGGGCCGGGACCGAGCGAGUGCGGAGAGGAGCGGCGGCGGCGAUCCCGACCCGGCGGCGGCUCUGCAGGCGGCCGGGAGCGGUGCGGGGCGCGGCCGAGGGGGGCGGCGCCGGGCGGUACUUACGGGGGCGCGCUGCUGCCGGGCGGGACGCGGGGCCGUCGCUCGGUGCUCGCCGCUGGCGCGCCGGGGCCGCAUCCUCAUAGCGGGGCGUCCCGCGCCGGGCCCGCGGGGGCCGCUGCGGAGACAGGAGCCGUUACGGGGGAGGGCCGCGGGGCCGCGCAGGCUCGGCGGCGGCGGCGGCACGAGCGGAGCGGGCCGAGCGCGGCGGCCGGCGCGUUCUAAGAUGGCGGCCGCGGGCCUACGCCGCCUCACCCCGACCCGCCGCCGUGCCGCCCGCCCGCCCGCCGACCUCCCUCUCCGGCGCGGAGGCCCCCGGCCGCGCGGGAGCGCCGCUUACCUGGGCGUGAGGCCGGGGGCUGUGGGCACCGCGCACCGUCGCGCUCCCCGCUGCCGCCCCACCUCCGCCUCGCCCGCCCCGCCGCCGCCAUCUUGCGCCGGGACGGCGGGCCGGCAGCGCGCAGGCGCGGGCCGCCCCGCCCUGGGCACUGCGCAGGCGCCGCCGCCGGGACGCCCUCUCGCGCAUGCGCGUUGUCCUCCGCGCCCAGGCGCGCAGGCGGUGCGCUUGCGCGGAACGCGACCCGCGCUUUUGUAGACGGAGCGGCGCAUGCGCACGCUGCGACGGCGCCGUCCGCCCCGGCGCCAUCUUGAGUGUGGCGCGCCGGCACCGCCCCGCUAUGGGCAGGGCAGGGCCGGGCCCGGCCUCGCGGCCACGUCCACCCGCCGCGGGCGGUUCCUGUCAGGCAGGGCGAGGCCGCCGCGCGCCGCCAGCGGAGCGCCUUUGAAGUGCGGCGCGGCCCAGGGCGGGGCCCACCACCGGCGCUGGCGGCGGCCCGGGGCCGCCCGCUGGGUUCCGUCCGCCCGCAGCGCCGCCCGUCCUGCGCUUAGCGGUGCGGGCCUCGCUGCGUGUGGCCGUGGGGUGCGGCGCUGGGCAGGGCAGGGCUGGGCAGGGCUGGGCUGGCCGCGGGCGCGCAGCCAGGCGCCUCGGGCCGCAGCCUCGCCUUGCGGCCGCGGCUGCUGGGAAAGCGCAGCGCGACACCUUCGGACGUGGGAUGAUUCCCCCCCACCCGCGGCCCGCAGGCCCCGCCCCGCCCUUUGCCUCCCCCUGCCCGGCUGUGGGCUCCGAGGGGCUUUCCUCCCUCCCUCCCGCCUGGCAGCGGCCCGACCCGCCUGCUCCCGCUGGAGGCCUGCCCUCUGCACCCAGAGCACCGGGCUGUGGGCUCACAAGGGGUGGUGGCUGGUGGGAUAUAUAAACACGGGGGAGCCUGAGCCAGCUCAGAAGAAACUCGUGGAGCUGCUGGUAUUCUCCCUCCCUCUCUUCACGUGAUUCAGUUUCUCCAGACCAGGGAAG